CGUGGACCCUGAAGGCCGAGCCCUCAAAAUGGCGUCCUCUGAGGCGAGUGGGAGAUACAGGAGCAGCAUGAGCAAAAGCAAGGACCCUUCGGGACUCCUCAUCUCCGUCAUCAGGACACUCUCCACCAGCGAUGAUGUCGAGGACAGGGAGAAUGAAAAGGGCCGCCUGGAAGAGGCAUAUGAGAAAUGUGAUCAUGAUCUGGAUGAACUGAUUGUUCAGCACUACACUGAACUCACAACUGCCAUCCGCACCUACCAAAGCAUCACCGAGCGCAUUACUAACUCACGCAACAAGAUCAAACAGGUCAAGGAGAAUCUGCUGUCUUGCAAGAUGCUUUUGCAUUGCAAGCGUGACGAGCUGCGCAAGCUGUGGAUUGAAGGCAUUGAACACAAGCAUGUCCUGAAUUUGUUGGAUGAGAUUGAGAACAUCAAGCAAGUGCCCCAGAAGCUGCAGCAGUGCAUGGCCAGCAAGCACUACCUUACAGCCACAGAUAUGCUGGUGUCUGCAGUGGAUUCCCUGGAGGGCCCACUCCUUCAAGUGGAGGGACUGAGUGAUCUGAGAUUGGAACUCCAUAGUAAGAAGAUGAAUAUGCACUUGGUUCUAAUAGAUGAGCUGCACCGCCACCUUUACAUCAAAUCCACCAGUAGGGUUGGACAACGGAACAAGGAAAAAGGGAGAGUAAGCUCACUUGUGAAGGAUGUCUCUCCUGGGCCUCUUCUGGAUGUAACUAACUUGUCCACUCCUCGCAAAUUUCUUGAUGCUUCUCAGUUUGGUACCCCAGGAAACACCAGUGGGAGAGAUGUCAGUUUGGUGGAAAUCAAAGAAGAUUUGGAGAUGGAUCCUGAAGAGAACAGUUCUAUUUUCAUGGGCAUCCUCAUCAAAGGCUUGGCCAAGCUGAAGAAGAUCCCAGAGACAGUGAAGGCCAUCCAGGAUCGUCUGGAGCAGGAGCUGAAGCAGAUUGUUAAGAGGUCUACUACUCAAGUGGCGGACAAUGGCUACCAGAGGGGAGAGAAUGUAGCCCAGGAAAAUCAACCCAGGUUACUUCUGGAACUUCUGGAACUUCUCUUUGACAAAUUCAAUGCUGUUGCUGCUGCUCAUGCUGUUGUCCUGGGGCAUCUUCAGCAGACCGUGGCUUCUCCUUCCAGUCAAUAUGAUGGCGAUAUCAAGUUAUAUGAUAUGGCGGAUGUAUGGGUAAAGAUCCAGGAUGUCUUGCAGAUGCUGCUCACAGAGUACUUGGAUAUGAAAAAUACACGGGCAUCUUCAGAGCCAUCGGCCCAGCUUAGCUAUGCCAGUUCUGGAAGGGAAUUUGCAGCAUUUUUUGCCAAAAAGAAACCUCAGAGACCUAAAACCUCUCUGUUCAAGUUUGAGUCAUCUUCCCAUGCUAUUAGCAUGAGUGCCUAUUUGCGGGAACAGAGGAGAGAGCUUUACAGCAGGAGUGGUGAACUUCAAGGAGGACCUGAUGACAACUUGAUAGAAGGCGGUGGGACAAAGUUUGUCUGCAAGCCUGGUGCCCGAAAUAUCACCAUUAUCUUUCACCCGCUUCUAAGAUUUAUUCAAGAGAUUGAGCAUGCUUUGGGUCUCAGUCCAACCAAGCAGUGUCCGCUCCGAGAAUUCCUCACCAUGUAUAUCAAGAGCAUCUUUCUUAGCCAAGUCUUGGGAGAAAUCAACAAGGAAAUUGAAGGGGUUACCAAAAUAACUGAUCCACUGAAAAUACUGGCCAAUGCAGACACCAUGAAGAUGCUUGGAGUGCAGAGACCUCUCUUGCAGAGCACAGUGAUUGUGGAAAAAACAGUCCAGGAUCUCAUGAAUCUGAUGCAUGACUUAAGUGCGUACUCUGACCAGUUCCUCAACAUGGUGUGCAUCAAACUCCAGGAGUACAAGGACACCUGCACUGUGGCCUACAGGAGCAUUGUUCAGUUUGAUGAAAAGCUAGUUAUUAGUGCAUCUUGGGCAAAAGAUGAUGAUAUCACUCGACUCUUGAAGUCUCUUCCAAACUGGAUCAACAUGGCCCAGCCCAAGCAGCUGAGACCAAAGAGGGAGGAAGAGGAAGACUUUGUAAGGACUGCCUUUGGCAAAGAAUCUGAAGUGCUCAUUGGGAACCUAGGAGAUAAACUGAUUCCCCAGCAGGAGAUUCUUCGUGACGUCAGUGACCUGAAGGCUUUGGCCAACAUGCAUGAAAGCUUGGAAUGGCUCUCUGGUCGUAUGAAGGCCGCUUUCUCCAACCUCCCAGUGGCACAGACAUCGCCUGGCCAAGAUGGACAUGUCAACACAGAUCUCCCUCCAGUGUCCGAGCAGAUCAUGCAAACCCUCAAUGAGCUGGCCCGAUCCUUCCAGGAAAUGGCUGACCGCUGCUUAUUGGUUCUGCACUUGGAAGUCAGGGUUCACUGCUUCCACUACUUGAUUCCCUUGGCCAAGCAAGGAAACUAUGCCAUUGUUGCCAAUGUCGAGAGCAUGGACUAUGACCCCCUGGUGGUGCGCCUCAAUAAGGACAUCAGUGCUAUUGAGGAAGCCAUGAGCGCCAGUCUUCAGCAGCACAAGUUCCAGUACAUCUUUGAAGGUCUGGGCCACUUGAUUUCCUGUAUCCUCAUCAAUGGGGCCCAGUACUUCAAGCGCAUCAGCGAGUCGGGCAUCAAGAAGAUGUGUCGAAAUAUCUUCAUCCUUCAGCAGAACCUGACCAACAUCACCAUGUCACGGGAAGCUGACCUGGACUUUGCAAGGUUGGAUGGUCACUCUGGCCCUAUUAACAUUGGGAUGAAAGGUUGAAGGGCAAAAGCUGAACCUGGGAGCUGUUGUGCCAAGGGUUUAGUGCCCAAGUGCCAGCUUGGUAGGACUUUCCUUUCCCCAUAUAUGAGAAAACACAUUGCUAAAAGUCUCUAUAAAUCACUGUAGCAAAAUAGCCUGCCCUCUCAAGCAGGCAACUACCAUGUCCACAAAUGGGGAAUCAUAUGUUUUGGCUCUUGGAGCCUUCUUUUACAACAUCAAAACUGCCUCCUCAA